AUUGUAAUUAAUAGAAUGACAUAGAAUUGAAAUUAAAAAAUGAACAAGUAAAAUGUAUGCAAAAAAGAAAUUGAAAAACUAAAAAAUGAAAAAGAGAGUGGUAGCGAGAAUAAAAGAAUAUCUAAAAAGUAUUUAAUAAAAAUUACCUGAAAAAUCUACAAAACUAAUAAAAUUUAAAAGUGUUAUAUUACAGAAAAGACAAAUGAAUAUAAUUUAAGAUGAUAAGCCUCACAUGUUUUGAGAGAAUAUAAAAGAAGUUUACAGCAAAAUGAAUUGGGAUGGUCUAGCAUUCCAUUGAUGAUUGUUUUUAGUUACUAAAAUAUGGAGGAAUAAUUUAUUAAAAUAAUUUAAUCGAGUGAGUAUCAGAG